AUUCUCAUUCGUUCGUACGUUGCAUUAAAUUUUGUAGAUUGUAUAUUUCGGUAGUUUAGGAAAUAUUUACUCAAGGAAUUUAACUUAAAAUGGUAGAUGAAGGUACACGAAAAACCCUCAGCGGGAUUCCACUGCUGCAAACGAGGGCUGGACCACGGGACAAGGAUGUUUGGGUGCAGCGAUUGAAGGAAGAAUACCAAGCACUGAUCAAGUAUGUUCAAAACAAUAAAUCCUCCGACUCGGAUUGGUUUCGACUGGAAUCGAACAAGGAGGGCACGAAAUGGUUUGGCAAGUGUUGGUACGUACACAACCUACUAAAGUACGAGUUUGAUGUAGAAUUUGACAUUCCAGUUACAUACCCGGCGACGGCGCCGGAAAUUGCACUUCCUGAGUUGGACGGAAAAACGGCGAAAAUGUAUCGAGGUGGAAAGAUAUGUUUGACGGAUCACUUUAAGCCUCUGUGGGCCAGAAAUGUGCCCAAGUUCGGGAUUGCUCAUGCAAUGGCACUCGGGCUCGCACCCUGGCUGGCCGUGGAGAUUCCAGACUUGAUAGAGAAAGGCGUAGUUACGUACAAAGAGAAAGGGGAACCGUCUGCAUAGUUUGAGUGUUGUAUGUUUCAAGUUUUUUUUUCGUUGAAUACAGUUAAGUAAAAUUUAUCGGCAGCUUAUAGGCGCUCUCUUGUAUCUUUACUGUAUAAAAACAGACUACCGAAUAUGGACAAUUGAAACAACCUUCUCAAUUUACUCACUCACUGUAGGGAUGACUUUUGUUUUGAACGUACUCAAAUUCUAUUUCUAUCCUGAAUUCUAGUUAAUUUGUGCUUUUACCCAUGCUGAUUAGAAUUCAGAAUAAAGAUUUUGUUCAAAACGGGUUCCUAAAUGCUUAUUGCUGAGGUUGAUCUCCCCUUGAU